AUUUUAAACCUUGCAUGACUUUGAAGUUGAUACAUAUUGCCUGUACAAAACUAAGUUUUAAUAUAAUUAUACAAAAAAAUACAUAGAUUUUUAUGGAAUAGUAAGUAGUUAGAUUUUCUUUAAACCAUAAUUGUCUAGCAAUUGUCUGAAUAGUUACCACCAAAAGGCACACUAUUAAAAAGGAAAAAAAAAAUCUGACUGUGAAUUGUAGUAAAACUAUGUAGCUGAGAAAUUGGUAAGUUUUCUGCUAUGCUGUGUCUCAUUUUUGAGAGAUUAUUUCUGUCUCAGAAGUGGACACACCCAUUGUAUGUUGUUAUAGUACUUACAGCUGUAACACAAGAAGGUCUUGCUUUACUUGAGGACCCAGGUUGUUAGUCCUGUCAUUUUAAAAUGAAAAUUCAAAAUUUUGUGUUUCUGUUAAGGUUUACUAUUACCCAGUCAUGAUUGUAUACUGGAAAACUAAUAUUUGGGGAGUGCUAUUUUCUUUUUCUUUCCUUAUUUUUUUCUUGUUGUUACAAAACAUAAUAAUACAGGAUAUAAAAAUUAAGGUACCAUUUAAAUAAGUAUCCUUUUACUUUAGGAUUGCUAAUUGAGUCCAAAAUGUUUUUUUUUUUUUUUUUUUUUUGUUCAAAGACAGAAAUGUUGUUUCUUGAUUAAUGGUGUCUUGCUUGUCAGCUGUAGACUAUUCACUAAUCAAGUCUUUUUUUGCUAGUCACAUAUAUCCUCUUCAUUUUUAUAACCAUUUCAUUUGUGAAGCAAGUCAUAAAAGGGAUUUUUUACAUUUGGUUGCAGAUAAUUUUGAGAUAAAUUGGAAAGAUCUGCUAUUUUACUUUAAGUUAAUUAUUUAUCAUUUAUAAUAGAGAAACAUAAAUUAGGCUGUCUUGCAUAUAUAAGAAAAAAGCUUAGCUUUCUUUAUAAACUUGUGAAAGUACCUUUAGAGACAAGCACAUUGUUGAAAAAUCAAUUCUGCCAGGCAUGGUGGAGCGUAUCUGCAAUCCUAGCUACUUGGGAGUCCCAACACAGAGGAACCCCAUGUUUGAGGCCAGCUUGGACAACAUAGCAAGAGCUUGUCUCAAAAUAAAAACUAAAAAAAGACUGGGUUAUAAUUCAGUGCAGCAUGUGCAGGGGCCCUAGGUCCAAUCCUCAGUUUGUAGCAACUUUCGUAAUUCUCUGUUUAAUUGAUGUUCAAGGGCUUUCUGUUCCUCAUACAUAACAAGAGAUAUUUGUAAUCUAGUGUAAGUAGAAGAUUUAGCUUUUAUGUCACUAUUAGUGAUUAGAUUCCAAGAAUAAUAUCCUACAAUUAUAUGGCACUGUCUUGGUUACUUGUCUCUUAUUGCUGAGACAAAAUAUUUGAUGUCCAAAAUGAAGAGAGGGAAGGUUUAUCUAGCUUAAAGGUUUUGGAGGUUUUGGCCCAUACUCUGCUGGCUCGAAGGUAGGGUGGCAUGGCUGAGGGUCGGCUGUUCAUGGCGGCUGUGGCAGAUAUCAAAUGCAACAAGGACAAAAGGGAAAAAGUACGCCUCCGUCCCUCCUUUACAUUGUAUGUCAGCUACUCGCAGCACUCACAUCGUCAAUCCCUGCACUAGACAAUGGACCAAUCACAAAUGCUAGACUCAGCUGCCUCCAUGAGGCAUUUGGGGGGACUACAUGAGGCUUUGGGGGGACAUCCAGAGACAAACCAUAAGAAGCACAGUAUAAGUUCAGAAUGCUCUUGUGAAUAUCAUUUUAACAUCACAUCAGUCACAACAGUGCUGUAAGGUAGAUGCAAUAACUACUUUUUUUUUUUCUAGCAUUUUAAAGAUUCGUAGGCCCAGGCUUAUACGUUAUACUGGAAGCAGUGGAGCCAGGACCUGAGUCUCCUUGCUGCAUCCUUACUGCUCUUCACCACACAGCACUGGCUUUCUCUCAGCCCGUGGUCCUGAUAAUUAAAGCAUUUGGAUUGCAAUUCAAAUGUCUUGGAAACUAUACCUCCUGAAUUGGCCAGCAUGGAGUCCCUAGAACUGCUUUAUUUGCGAAGGAAUAAAUUACGUUUUCUACCAGAAUUUCCUUCUUGUAAACUGUUGAAGGAACUGCAUGUAGGUGAAAACCAGAUUGAAAUGUUAGCGGCAGAACACCUUAAGCAUCUGAGUUCUAUCCUUGUGCUAGACCUGAGGGAUAACAAAUUAAAAUCUGUUCCAGAUGAAAUUGCACUACUACAGUCUUUGGAAAGGCUGGACCUAAGCAACAAUGAUAUUAGUAGUCUGCCCUGUUCAUUGGGAAACCUUCAUUUGAAAUUCCUGGCACUAGAGGGAAAUCCUUUGAGAACCAUUCGAAGAGAAAUUAUUAAUAAAGGAACUCAAGAAGUCCUAAAAUAUCUACGCAGCAAAAUCAAAGAUGAUGGACCUAGACAGAGUGACUGUGUUCCUGAAACCACAGCUAUGACACUACCAAGCGAGUCCAGGGUCAAUGUACAUGCCAUCGUCACACUAAAAUUGCUAGACUUCAGUGAUAAGCAAACAGCUUUGAUUCCUGAUGAAGUAUUCAAUGCAGUAAAAAACAAUGUCAUCACUUCUGUUAACUUCAGCAAGAAUCAGCUACAUGAAAUUCCAAAAAGGAUUGUGGAACUGAAGGAGAUGGUUUCUGAUGUCAAUCUCAGUUUCAAUAAGCUUUCGUUUGUAUCCUUGGAAUUAUGCAUGCUUCAAAAAUUGACUUUUUUGGAUCUCAGGAACAAUUUUUUAAAUUCUUUGCCUGAAGAAAUGAAAUCAUUGGUAAGACUACAGUCGAUCAAUCUUUCCUUUAAUAGGUUCAAAGUCUUGCCGGAGGUUCUGUAUCAUAUUCCCACCCUGUCGACGAUUCUGAUCAGUAACAAUCAGGUCGGGGCUCUGGACCCUCAGCAAAUGAAGAUGAUGGAAAACCUGACGACCUUGGACCUGCAAAACAAUGACCUUCUACAGGUUCCACCGGAGCUCGGGAACUGUGUGAGCCUUAGAACAUUGCUGCUGGACGGAAAUCCAUUCCGCGUUCCUCGAGCAGCCGUGUUGGCGAAGGGCACCGCCGCUGUCCUGGAGUACCUGAGGGACCGAAUUCCCACUUAGACUGUAGGCCCUUCCUGCCUCUGGCCGGCUGCAUUCCCAGGAGGAUGCACUGUUUUGUUUUUGGGUCAUUCUAAAGGUGACUGCUAUAGCUAGCCCUACAGUCCCCGGGUAUCAUUGGCCUGGGCCAGAGUCACUGCCACUAGAGGGGCUUUCCUGACAGCUCAUGUCUCCCCAGGCCCUGCUGUGCUGCACAGUGUUGGUGUCCACGGGGCGCCCGCAGUGUUCAGUGGCGUUGUGGUGCCCUCUAAAAUUUUGUGAGAUUUUGUUCAGUAUGAUUUAAUACUUUUGUAAUACAGCAUUUUUGUAGAAUUGGGUUUUUUCCUUUGUUUUCUUUUUGUAUUCCAGAUAAAGUGACUAAUUGUUUUGACUCUGACUAGCCAAUUUGUACCUUUUAUGAGAUAUAAAAAUCAAUUUUACUGAAUAUUGUUCUUUGACAUUUUAAAAAAUAAGACUUUUGUUACCCAUGGUAAGAUUUUAUGACAUAGUCCUGGUAGAAGUUUUAAAUUAAUACUGCCUGGUUUUUAUUUUAAUCUAGUUGACAUGUUUCAUUUCUAGUGAUGAACUAGCUCUUUUGUCUGUUUUAUAAAAUCAUUUCAUCAGGUUUGCUGAUUUCACAGAAACGCCCCUCAAGGCAUAGAAGUCGAAGAGAAAGUACAAGUGGUAUUGUGCCUGCUGCCAGCAACCUGCUUAGUAGGGAGAAGUGCAAGGGUUGCUGUGGCUGCUGCCAGUGACUCCGCCAGCACCUGAUGGUUUGCAUGACGUCUUCGUGUGCCCACGCGAUAGCGAAGUCAGAGCUGCGCAUCUGCCCUCCGUCAGAGCGGCAGCACUUAAACGCCUUUUGCCCCUUAGGAAAAAGAUACUGAGCCUUCCCUCAGAUAAUCUACAGGGGACUAUGCAGCAAAGUGCGACAGGCAGAAGCCAGUAGCCUGUUUCAGUGCUCACUGGGCGAGAGCGUGCAGACCUUGUGUGCCCGUGGGUGUGUGCAAACUUGUGUUCAUUUUUAUUACCAACACUUCAGUUUUAAAAUUUGUUUGUAGUCCUGAUAAGACAGCAGCCAUGCAGUAAUUUUCUAAAAGGGAAUUUAUCAUGGAUAAACUCUAUUUAAUGGAAGUCAGAUGUAAAGUUCUGUUUACACUAAUAUCAUCAGAAGUAGGUUUGUGUGUCAUGUGACGUGUUUCUCAUGAGCACUCACUUCAGUAUGUGGAUUGCAGUAGGCAGAUGUGAUUUAGGUAACUUUGGGUGAUAGAGGCACGUUUAAAUUAUGAAAAUGCUUUACUGCUAAUGAAGAUAAAUACUACAUGUUGGUAAUAAAAAGCAUCUUUCAAACAUCAA